AUGGCAACCCUCACAAAACACGAUAUCGAAGUCCUCGAGAAGAUAAAGGAUCCAGAGUCGGGUCCUUCUAAUCCCCUCCUUAUCGAUGAUUCGCUUCCCAAAGAUUCACACAUCACUGAUCCUUCUACAUAUCAAGAAAUCGCUCGACGAGAACGAGACAUCAUUCUCUCGAUGCAAGGUGUAGAGCUUCAAAUUGCUGGAUUAAAACCUUUAGCUGAGAGUUCGCCUUCAUCUCAAUAUCAAGCUUGUGUGCAGAGCUUGAGUGAUCUCAUUGAUGAAUAUCCUAAUUAUGCUAGUGCGAGGAAUAAUAGAGCACAAGCAUUGCGACGAAUUUAUGGCGAUUUGAUGCUGGUGAAGACAUCAUGUGCCCAGGGAUCUGGAGCGGAUGUAAACUUACCUUUGGAUAUGGAAACAUCGGAGACAGCCAUUAAACUUGCCUCAUUCAACACAUUAUCCGAUCUCGACAAAGCAAUCUCCCUUUUGGCACCCAAGACGCCCUGGGCAUCGAUAUCUCCUCAAGCAGCAAAGACUCUUUCCCAAGCAUUGACGCAACGAGGUGCUUUGUACCAUCUAUCAGCCAAAGAGCUAUCAGCUGACACCGGAGCGAGUGUGAGGACUGAUGAGAGGAGAGAGGCGGGGUGGAAGACGGUGGAGUUUGAGGAGGCGGCCUCGAGGGAUUUUAUGGCUGGUGGAAGGUAUGGGAAUGAGGUUGCUAAGGCGUUGGCUGUUAGUGCGAAUCCGACGGCGAAACUUUGUGGGGAUAUGGUUAGGCAGGCCAUGAGGAGAGAAUUAGGUAGCGGCGAGAGUUAG